ACAGGUCACAUCUUCACCUCCAGAGGCAACGGUGGCGGGAAACACCCCUCCCUUUUAGGGAGAAGUGGGUGAUGCUGAGGGUCAGCGGCGCGCUUUUGAGCGAGUCGGUGCUUUAACGACUGGCGGUUAGCUCUGCGUUCCCGCCAAGAAGAAUGGAUAUUAUAAAGGGAAACUUAGAUGGAAUUUCAAAACCAGCCUCAAAUUCAAGAACACGUCCUGGGAGCAGAAGUUCAAAUGCUUCUCUGGAGGUGCUCUCACCAGAACCAGGCUCCUUCAAGGUUGAUACUGUAAGCAAAUUGAAUUCUGGUAAGGAGGACCACUCAGAAAGCAGUAAUACAGAGGAAGGAAGAUAUAAUAAUGAUGAUAAAGUGGCAAACUACUCUGAGAAAAUAAAACUGGCCAAACAGGGACCAGUUGAAGGUCUAGACUUGGUUCAACAUCAGAUGAUCCCUGAACGUUCAGAUGAAACCAAAUUAAAACAAAUAGACUCUCAACUUCAAGAUGCUAUUCACAAGAUGAACAGACUUGAUAAAAUAUUGGCAAAGAAACAAUACAGAGAAAAAGAAAUUAAGAAGCAAGGUCUAGAAAUGAGAAUAAAGCUAUGGGAAGAACUUAAGUCUACAAAAAAUAGUGAAGAUUUGCAAAGUAAUGAGGAGAUGGUAAAUACGAAGAAAUUCUUAUCUCUGACUGCUGCAUCCGAAGAAACUGUUGCAGAUUCUUCUCAUUGUGAGGAUGAGGAUACCUUUUUCCCAGUGUUUCACACUCAGAUCUCUCCAGAAGAAUAUGAAAACCAUAAGCAGAAUAUCAAUCAAGAUUUUACCUAUGAUGUGGAAAGAAAUGAAUCAUUGAUCAAAGCAGAAAAGAAAUCCUUCUCAAAUACAGAAAAAAUUGAGCUCAGGGGUAAACACAACCACAAUUUUAUUAAGCGAAACAUUGAGUUGGCCAAGAAUUCAAGAAACCCAGUGGUUAUGAUUGACAGAGAGAAGAAAAGGCUGGCUGAACUUUUGAAGGACUUAGAUGAUAGAGAUUCAGGACUGUCCAGUUCUGAGGGUGAUCAGUCUGGUUGGCUCCUCCUGGGAGAAGGGUAUGAAUUUGCAGCCACCCAGCAUCAGCAGCUUGCUGAAAUUGAUACAAAACUCCAAGAACUUGCUGCAGUUCGCCCAACAAUUUCCAGCAUUUCUACAAGACUUGAGAAUCAGAAUGAUCAGGAACAUGACCUUAAUGAUGAAAAAAGUACAGAAAUAACUCCAGGAGAAACAGUUCUGCAGAAAAACAAAGAGGCACGUGAUCAGCAAAAUCGAUUGAGAGAGAUAGAUGAAAAACUGAGAAAGAUCAAAGAAAACGUGUUAAAUUCUACAUCACUUCUCUCUGAGGAGCAGUUGAGGUGUCUUCUGGAUGAAUGCACAUUCAAACAAAAGUCCAUCAUGAAGCUUUCUUCUGAAAGAGAAAAGGAAAAUGUUGAGGAUGUAACACCUGAAUUGCCCACACUUUCCAGAUCCAUUCUCUCUAAGUUACUAAAUAGAUCAGAAGCAGAGGUUCAGAAAACUGAGGUAGAAGAUGCAGAUAUGCUUGAGAAUGUAGAAUGUAAAGCUACUGAAUGGUGUUAUCUCACUGAAGCCCUGACUGGGCAUGAUAUGUCAGAAGCUAUUGUCAUUGAAACAGAGAAUAUGAAAUGCCUCCAGUUUUCCAAGGAUGAGGCUAUUAGUGACACAGAAGACUACUUUAUGUCAAAGACUGUUGGCAUUGGGAGACUAAAAAGGCCUUCCUUCUUGGAUGACCCAUUGUAUGGUGUCAAUGUGAACCUUUCAUCAGAAGACCAACAUAUGAAAUCCAGUCCUCCAGGGAAACCAGCAACAGAUGCAGAUGAACAGGAGACUAAAGAUGUAGUGGAAGAACGUAUAGAAUCUUAAGCGAGGACUUGCUAGGAUGUACUGUGAAGAAAGUUGGUAAUGAAGUUAGUCUAUUUUUUCUUAAUUCUUCGAAUUCAGUGAAUGCAUUAUAUAGACUAUUUCUCAAAUAAUGACUUUGACAUUUAAACUUUUGCUUUGUAAAUUAUGUUUCCUUGAUAUUUUUUUGAGACUUGGGUUAUAAUUGUUAAAUUAUUUUUCUUCACUGAAAUUUCUGGGAAAUUUAUGUGUUGCUAAUCUUGCAACAUCAGGGAAACAUUAUAAAAACCAACAUUGUAACAUAUGGGUGUUAUAUUUGAUACUUUUUAUUCUUCUCUUUUAUUUGGUUCUAUUGUCAAUUCUGUGUUUUCUGUUAACCUCACUAAGGGUAGAAAUAUAUUUCCAUUCCAUUUAUGUUAGUAUCAUUUUUUUUUGUUUUCCCUCUGUCCUCAAAGAGACAAAAGGCAAUCAGGUCAUGGGAAAAAAUGAAUUUCCUUGACAAAGUGACAUUAAGGGAGCUUAGAGUAUCUUAUUAGUCAUAAUACUUGUCUUAAGUAGGAGUUUGACAAGUUAUUUGAUAUGUUGCUUUCAGCGUGUUCCAUUCUUUCAGAGUUUGGACCUUUAAUAAUUCAGCAAGAUGAGCUACUUAAAAGUCUGUGGUACCAUUAAGAAAAAUGUUUUGUCUUUUAUAAGUCAGUUAUCUAGAUUCAUGAAAAUUUUUUUUGUGUGUGAAUAGCCCAUAAGCUGAAAUGGCAUUAAAACUAAAAAUCUAUUUCUGAACCAAAAAGUG